AUGCCAGCUGAGCUGUUGAAAAAAGCCGGUAUACCUCUGAUAUCUAAUCCUAAAAGCUAUCUACAGUUGUACCAAGGAUUUUUCUUUGCGCCGGUAUACGAGCACGAGCACGAUGGUGCUUUUUUGACCAAACAGGCAUACGAAGCUAUGGAAGAGGGAGAUUUCAAUAAAGUACCACUUAUGAGUGAUCAUGAUUUUGUAAAAUCUGUGCUAAAGUUCGCUGAGCAGUUGGUGAAAACACUCGCAAAAACCCAUACCUCUACCAGUUCUCUUACAAAGGUGUCUUGGGUUUUCACAGAAAUCAGUCAGCUUGUGGUUGGCGUGGGAGUUCGCUCAUUCAGCAUCACUGACAGUUGUACCCCAGAGCUUACACAGACCGUUCCGUAUUUUCACUGGAUACAGUUUUUAUCAAAUUAAUAAGCAUGUCAUCCUCAAGUUAUGAGGCAACUAUAGAAAAUAAUGGCAACGACCUGCAGUUCAUCGCAGAUGAAAUUGCCAUUGCUCCCAUUAUUUUCCAAAAGUCACAAGUGCCAAAAAUAAAAAUGAGAAAGGACGAUGCCUAGAAGAAGAUGUUGAAAAAAUAGGAAUCAACAUUCGGUAAACCAUUAGAUACUAAAG